AUGCACUCUUCUGUAUUUGCACUAAUCACUACUGCCAAAUUAGUAGAAAAUGCACUGGCCGUAUUCGUGGCAUCGGUAGACUCCCUGGGUGAUGCGCUUACACAAGAGCAACAUGAUCAGGCGCAGGAGCACGUAGAUAAAGCGCACACCAUUCUUGACGUUGCGCAAAUCUUAGCCACCACAAAGCCCACAUCUGCACAGGCGCACUCGGUGGACACCGAAAUAUGCGCACCCGAACGACAUGGCUUACAGGAACCCAGCCAGGGUACCAACCCAAUUGCCCUCCUUUCCACAAGUAAGAAUCUGGAGACUUGGGGGAAAGAAGUGGCUGUGCACGAUGGCAAAAAUAGUGUCCUCCUAUUAACCGGCGUGGCCAAAGUUAAGCACCCGGUAACUAAUCAGUGGAAGGAAGUCGAGCUUUUACUAGAUACUGGUGCAGAUGAAUCUUUUAUCGCUAGCGAAUUGGCUGACCAAUUAGGACUGGUGCGCAAUGCCCAAAAGGAGCUCAAUGUGUAUAGCUUCGGUGCAGAGAAGCCCAAGCACAUCACAUCUGACCUAACCACACUGGAAGUUUAG